AUGUCUGGAGGUGGCUCACAACCGACUCUUAGGAAGUACCUGGGAGCCAUAAAGGAUACUACAACAGUGAGCUUGGCUAAAGUGAACAGUGAUUACAAGGUUAGAAUCCCUCACGUAAUAGGUUCCUUCUUAGCAUUGAUUUUCUAUUUCGAUCAGACUUGUUACAGUUCCAUAUUUGUUUCCUGGACCUUGCAGGAACUGGAUAUUGCAGUUGUGAAGGCGACUAAUCAUGUUGAGCGCCCUCCCAAGGAGAAGUACAUAAGAGGUCAUCACUUUCAUACGCUGCUCUUUAGUGGGAAGUGUCUAGCUUCUUUGUUUCCUUGCGCGAGUUAAAAUAAAAACUCUAGUAUGAGUCAAAAUAAAAUUUAUUAAAGACUGUGUCCACUGAAUUUUUUUCUUAGAACCCUUUGUUGAUUUUAGCUUUAUUUUAUUUUAAUUUAUUUUUUUUCUUAUGAUGACUUAAUACAUGCUUUAGUUAUCUCUGUCUCAGGAAUCUUGCCUUUCUACUAUAAAUUGAUCAUGGAUUGUGUCUCACCUUCUGAGUUUCAGGAAUGACUUUUUGUAGCUUAAAAUCUUUACUCGGUUUUGUUUUUUGGGGAAAUAGAUAGAAAGAAAAUUUGAAAUGCACGUGUACGAAUUAUAUUGACAAUAAUAGUUAGGCAUUUUCAACUAAGUUGUCUCUCAAAACGAACCGUCACAUCCAUUAUAAAGGAGUUUCGACCCCUUCGUAAAGCAUGUAUUAAGUCAUCAUAGAUCAAUUUAUAGUGUACAUUUUGGAUCAGAAUGGGUUGGUUAUUUGCUCCUUUUAGUGUACAUUUUAUGUUUCAUUCAAGUUUAUUCGUCAUUUCCCUAUUUUACCAGAAUAGCUCAAAAUGUUUGUUACUUCUCCGCAGCUAUAUUUGCUGCUAUCUCAGCUUCAAGACCUCGUGCUGAUGUGGCUUACUGUAUCCAUGCUCUUGCCAGGAGACUUGCCAAAACCCAUAAUUGGGCGGUAAGAAUUAAUUUUCAUUCAAUGUCUCCAUUUUUAGUUUAGGCUGUAUGCACUCGGUGUAGAAUGAUCUAUGGAAGUGUGGUAGAGUGGCUCUUCUGAUAAAAGAAAAACUAAUCUCCAGGAUUAUGGAAAAGCUUGUUCGUUUUGAUGCUAAAUCAAACGUAUUCGUUAUUGGUGUGUAAGUGGGAUUGGAUUAAGCUAACUUACGUAAUGGUGCUCAUAUGUUGAUGGUUCCAAAUUGGAUUCUACACGCUAGGAAAAUCAUAUCAUUCAAGAAUAAAAAACGAUUCCAAGUUCAUGCAGGAAUUCAGAGCACAAUUCAACUAGGCAGCAAGCUUUUAUGUUUGUUUUUUUGAAAAGGUUACCCUCCGCAUGGAUAGACCAAGAAGAGGGAAUCAUUGACUAUGGUUAUUUCAAAAUUGUCAAGCCUGCCAACUGCAGUCAAUUGAUUAUGAAAAUGAGCAGGUCCUCAUUUUCUGCUUCUGGACAAGUUCAUUCCUAUAUUUCUAGAUUAUUUCACCAUAUUCGAAUUCUUUGUGAGAAUCUCCCACAAUGAAUUUUUCUUUACCCUUCUUAAUUUCAAGUGGUGGAUGCCUCUCCUAAAACAUGACAUCCUCAUCACUUUCCGAGAAAUGGCUCCUGUCCAGGGUCUGUUGUCAUAAAUCAGACAGAUAGAGGCCAUUUCAUCAGAUUCAGACAAAUUUUUCAAUUUCUGACUACACACAUUUCUUUCACGUUCACCCAUGUUCAUUAGCUUAUUCUAUUUUGAUUAGUUGAUAAAAAUGUUAUUAUUAUUCAGGUGAUACAGUUCAACAUGAUCAGUUCUAUCUGGGUUCAACUGAUUCAGUUUCAUGUUUUCAUUUGAGACUUUGUACUAUCUCAGUCUCCUUCUUUUCCUUAUCUCUAUGUGGUUUCUUUUCCAUAUCUAUUCUUCAGCAGACUUAAUCUGAGUGAUGUCUGUUUGAUCCUUCCAAUGCCAGAGCUUGAUAAAGUUAAUCUGGUCUGAUCUGAAAUUCUCCAAGCCAUGAUUGAAUGCCUUUUAGCCAGAAUCACACCUCACUUUGCCAGAGUGGAUGCCUUUUAAACUAAUAGAAGAUGACUCUGAAAAAUUCCCAAGAAAGAACUGUCAACUAUGGUCAGAAUGCAGGGGUGUCACAAGAAAAUUGCUAAUAAAAAAUAUAUUUUCCCUGAAUAAAUUGUUUAUUAGGCUCAGACUCAUCCUAUUGGCGCCCCUAGUGUAAAAGCAUUGCUUGAUAAGUAAACAUUUAUGUCACUACAUAUACAUAUUAAUUGGAAAGUAUAUGUUUCCCAAAUUCGAUUGUCGUUGCUUUUCAAUGACAAGAAUUAGAUUUGGUUUAUUCCAAAUAUUGAUGUGUGUCCAUGCUCUGGCUGUAAGGAUACAACUUAUCUGCAAAGGUAAUCAAACAAACAGAGAACCUGGAAAAUGACAUUACUAGUGACUAGUAUUGCAGAAGCUAUGCUUGUGCCAUGAGUUAGUCCAUGAAAGGAACUAAUAGAACAACAGAGCCACUAUUUUUAGCUGAAACGUCUGAUCAUCGACUCUUGGCUGCAUUGUCGGGAUUUCUUCUUUACUGUUCCUUCCUGCAAGUUGUAUUUCGUAGUUCGUUCUGUCAAUCAUUACUGUAGCUUUGUCUUUCGGCAUGUAACUUGCUCAUGCCGAGCACUCAUUGAACACCCCAUAUAUGUAGGUUUGUCUAGACUCAUUAACCAAAUGGAGAACCACAUGGAAACACAAGCGUGACUUCUCUACCUGAAUGACAGACGGCAUUGGAAACACAGGCGUGACUUCUCCACCUGAAUGACAGAUGGCAUUGGAAACACAAGCGUGGUUACAUUGACUUCUCUACCUGAAUGACAUCCACACUUGUGUUUCCAAUGCCUUCUGUCGUGAAUGUCUUCCCCUUGUAGUACUACCUCUGAUUCUCAAUUGAAUGUAAUAUUUCUUAUACGAAUUAAUUUAAUAACUUCUAUUCAGACUUUUUUCCAUUUUAUUAUCCAUUUUAAACACCACCUUUUUUUAUCACCAUGGUGAACGUAAAUAUCAUAUCAGCUAUUGGUUGGAUCAGUUGUCUUCUUUCAGGUUCGAACCUAACCCGUUUCACUUCAAUGCUAGGUUGCAUUAAAAACAUUGAUCGUCAUACAUCGUGCAAUGAGAGAAGUUGACCCCACUUUUCGUGAAGAGCUAAUUAAUUAUGGAAGAAGCAGAAAUCAUAUGCUCAACAUGGCUCAUUUCAAGGAUGAUUCCAGUGCACAUGGUCUUACUAUCUAUAAUACUUUUAUCUCAAAUUCUUGAUCCAUUGGUCAGUGUCAGUAACAAAGUCUGUUAAUUUUUGUCCAGCAUGGGACUAUUCUGCAUGGGUGCGCACAUAUGCUUUGUAUCUAGAAGAGAGACUUGAAUGUUUUCGGGUACUCAAGUAUGAUGUUGAGACAGACCCUCCGGUAUGCAUUUCUACUUGAUUACAGUAGAAAUUAUCUGAAUUUGGUUCAUAAACCUUUAUCAGUUCGAACUUGCUAAGAAAAUGGAACAUUUUUACUUUUUCCAACAAAUUCGUUUUGUUUGACAUGGGACAUGAGUUUCAUGCUGCGUAGUAUAAGUGGAAAAAACUAAAUAGGAAAUUCCAGGGGAUCGUUUUAUGAUUGAUAAAGCAAGUUCUUACAUUAUUACUCUAAAAGUUUACUUUGGUAAUUACUCUUAGAUAAAUUGAUCUGCCUGAUAAUUUUAUAUUAGAAGUACUCUUGAACUUGUCAAGAGCCACUUGGAAAUCCGUGAAACUUGGAAAGCUAUCAAAAAGUUUCAAACUACUUAUUUGUUAUUUGCUUAUGAUUGCCAGCUGAAUGUAUUAAAGAAUUUGUUUCCUUAGAUUUCAUUCAAAGUAGUUGUCAAUCUGCAGUGACAUAGGAGACCUUACGACCAACAAACAUGAAGACUAGAUUGCCAGAAGAGUCAGAAAAUAAAGUAUACUUUGCAUGCGGUAUUCCCACUGAUUUCUGACAUACUUUGGAUAGUGGGAAUCUCCUUGAACUGUUGAAUGUGCGUACAAUGAGUCCUCAAAUGGGGAGGCAUUUUCUGCAUGUUAGAUGUGAAAUGUAGAUAAUUUUUAAGUUCGCGAGCUACAUGAUGAUGAAGCAGGUUUUGUCUUUUUAUUACGUAGUGAGCAAGAGGAUAUAGUAGAUGGAAAUAAAAUCUAGACAAAGGCAUUGUUCUCUUUUAACUUUGCUCUUUUAUGCUCAUAUGUCAUUGAUUCUACCUUGGUUGAGCCACAGGAUCAGAUUGUCAGAACACAUAAGUUGAUGGAUGAUGUAAUGUUUCAGAUUUUCGUAAUUCUCUUUGAAAGGGAUUUUAAUUUCAUAAGUUGAAAAGUAAGUCUGAGAUGGUUUUUGUUUGCAUCUUUUUUAUGUUGUUUCUGAGUAUUCAACCCAUAGAUAAUUCACACAUUAUAUCUCUCGAUCAUUAGUUCCAACAAUAAAAGAUGAUAAGUUAUGCAUUUGUACCGGUGAAGUUAUUCUCAGUUGACUCUAUUCUUUCCUGCAAAGGAUAGAGAAUCUGUAUAGUAGACCAGAGCUUUCAGAAUUUUUGUGAAUCAAAUAAAUGAUUUCAAUGGUUCAUAAAGAUUAAUCAAUGUCCGCUGACAAUAAACCUUUUUCCUUUUCUCAAUUGGAAACCUUUUUCUGGGAUUUCAUAUUUUUUCCCUGUAAGCAGAGAAAUCGGGAUCUGGACACUGUAGAACUGCUUGAACAGUUGCCCGCUCUUCAACAGCUUUUAUACCGUCUUCUUGGCUGCCUGGUAUGUCUUGAUCAUCCAACCUAGGGGAUUUUCUUGUUCCAUUGAGUGCAUAUCCUGAUAAAAUGACUACAUGUCAGCUUUCAUGAGCAAAAACUGAGCUUACAGCUUCCUUGCAGCCACAAGGAGCAGCUUCAUACAACUUCAUUAUUCAGUUGGCAAUUUCAAUGGUGAGGAAGGUUCAAGUUCAGUUUUAUAAUAUGACUAGUUCGGAACUUACUCUUGUUACCCAUUCAUCACUUUGGGUUAUUUUCGGUAGGUUGCUGGAGAAAGCAUUAAAAUUCAUCAGGCAAUUGACAAUGGUACACUUAAUUUGGUUGACAAGGUACGGGUAGAUUUUCUGCUCCUGAAAACCAAUAUAUUUGGCUUCUUUGUAGUCACUUCCUAUUAUGGUGGCAGUUCUUUGAGAUGCAACGACAUGAUGCUAUUAAGGCUCUUGAGAUAUACAGAAGGGCAGUGCAACAGGUAAUAUCUUCGUCUCUGUGGCCCAAAGGUACUUAUGUAUCAUGUUAACUUCGUUCUCUAUUUAUCUUUUACAUAUAAGGCUGCUGCAUGUGCAACCGUUCUUUAUAUUUUCCAUGCUAGCUAGCUUAUUAAUGUAGUAUUGUUACGGAUAUUAAGCAUAUAACGAUAAUAAUUAUAUUAGCUUGCUCUUGAAAAUUGUGUUGAGACUUCGUCAGGAUUUUAUUGUGGCAGAUAAAAGCAUUGCCACAAAGCUUAAGACAUCAAUUUAAUGGUCGAAUUGACUUUUUGGCUUUUAGGGAGAGAGAUUAUCUGAAUUUUAUGAGGUGUGUAAAAGCAUUGACAUCCGACGGGGCGAAGGAUUUCCCAAGAUUCAGCAGGUCUCUGUGCUGUACUGAUUUAUUGAAAUAUUUCCGUUCAUUUGUUGCAGAAACAAAUUAUCAGUGAAGAAUUCUGCCAUCCUAGUAACUAAUUUUUUUUUCUAAAUAAUGAUGCAGCCCACACCUUCAUUUCUCACUGCCAUGGAGGAAUAUGUAAAGGACGCCUCACGAGCUCGGGUACUUUACAGAACUUUGCCAUGACUUUCAUACAAUUGAACAGAUAAUUGUAGCUCCAAAUGCUCUUCUUUCUUUUCUCCAUUCCCUUCACCUCCUUUCCUCGCUUAUUUAUUCUUCUGACAAGAGGAGAAGGCUGUCCCUGCGAGCGGUCAGUGGCAUGACGCAGCCUGUCCUUGCAUGUGUGUGUGGGGGGCUGUGGUAUGACAGGCCAGACCUCGAAUGGCUUGCAGUCUUCUGGAGACGUUUGGUGUGGCUCCCACAAAUAAAACUUCUAAGGCCAAUUCUGCCAUUUUGAUGACUUAGAGAUAUGACUUUGAUUUCUGCAGAAACCAAACUCAAGGCCGAAUUCAGCCACUGGAACUCGAUUUUAUAAUUUUAGCUUUAGAAUUUCUAUUUUGGUCUUAAGAUAUUAAGAAGUCGAGCUAACUUUCUCCCUUGAUUCUUAGCACCUGAUGGGCCUGUUUUUAAGUGUGCCUGGCCUUGCUCUUUGAGCAUCCGCCCAAAUUCAAUGAAAAUGCUCAUAACUGGCACAGCCGGCUUAACUUAUAAAAACGUUGCAGAGAAAUUGGGGCAAUGGGACCUCUGUUGAAUUAAUCCCUGCCGUUUUGCAUCCUUCUUCCUUCUCUCUUGACAUCUGAGCCAUUUCUCAUGUCUAUUUCAUCAGGCAAUAGAUGACAAACCCAAAGUCUUGGCAAUCGAAUAUAAGAAAGAACCAGAAGCACAGGAGCCACCAAAGGCUUCCUCCCCACCCCCAGAGCCGGCUGCUGAACCAGAGGAUGAUCAACUUCCAGUCCCAGUUCCAGAGCCGAGUGAUCUGUUGGUAAUAUUCUUUCCGUAGUGCUCUGUCUUACGAUUGGUAGUUUCCAACUUAGGUUGCCAAGUCACUGCUUUCUGCAUUGGAUUCUCAGGGACUCAGUGACCCCAACCCAGAUGCAUCUGAACUAGACAAGAAGAAUGCUAUGGCUCUUGCCAUCGUCCCAGUUGGUAAGCAAGUAAUGAAUGCAUGAGUCCUUGAUGAUUGCUGAGUGCUCAAAGCUUACACUUAUGCUUCUACUUUUUGAUUGCAGAUACUGCGACGAGCACCCCUUCUUCUUCGGGAUCAAAUCUUGGGCAGACGACCACCGGCUGGGAAUUGGCACUCGUGACUGCCCCAAGCUCAAAUGAGAGUGCUGCUGCUACAAGUAAACUGGUAUGCUCCGCUCUCCACCGUAGUCUUGUUCACUUUUUCUCGUCAAUUUAAAUUGGAGACCUGUUAGGAUUUAAUCAGAUUGAGCGGGACAAGUGAAUCAUAUGGGUUUAAGUUCAUGAGCCUACUCCACUCACUGCCAAUUAGUUUUGUGUUGAGUUUUCCCAUUAUUAUUGUGUCGAGUGCAUCAAAUACUGUCUUGAAUUUGUGCCUUAUCUGUGUCAUGAGGCCGAUGUUUUAGAAUUUUUGUCGUUGAAUGAGAUAAUUAAUUCAUGGGAUUAAAUAUGUUGGGUAAUUCCACUUUUUUAAUUGAUUUUGCAUUUGAUGGUUUCAUUUUUUUUUUCAUAUGCUGCCAGUUAUGUUCAUGAGUUUGCGUCCUAUUUGUUAUCAACUUGUCAGAGCAAUAAAGAAGUUGCCUUUUUCGUGAGGAGACAUUAAAAUAUUAUCCAAUUGGACAAUACAAUUAGACAUAUGGUCGUACUGUACCUAAUAUGAAAUAGUUUUAUGCUGGAUGGUCCAAUUCUGGUGUUACCAGGCUUCUUUUUCUUGAAUACCAUCCGCAGUAUAAAUGCCCCCAUGUUUAUAUUUCAUCCCAACUCUUUGACGUAGUCUUUUUUGUUUUCAAAUUUUCUGGGUAAGCUGGGAGGAUCACAAGCUCUCACUGGGCAGUUCUUUUUUGUGUCUACUUACAACUCGUUGACUUUGAAAUUUUCUUGUCAAAUUUGCUAUUUAGGCUGGGGGCCUCGACAAGCUCACACUGGACAGCUUGUAUGACGAUGCUAUUCGACGGGCCAACCAGCCAACAAGCUACAACCCAUGGGAGCCAAUGCCUGCAGCUGGAGGCCCCCUGAUGCACCAAGCGAUGGCCCAUGACCCCUUCUAUGCCUCCAACUCCAUCGCAGCCCCUCCCACCGUCCAGAUGGCAGCCAUGGCCCAGCAGCAGCAGGCCUUCAUGAUGCAGCAGCAGAUGAUGAUGAUGGGCCAACAGCCGCACCAAUCCUUUGCAAACCCAUUCGGCAAUCCUUAUGCGGCGGUGCCCAUGGCAGCUCCUCCAUACAACCCCUUAACCCAUCCCCAUGCUUCACACACCUACAGGGGCUUCAUCUGA